AUGGCCCGUGCAACUCGUUCUGCGAAACAGCAGGACGACAAGUCCAAGGGCAAGCCAAGCGACGUCCCAAUUCCGGCUCCCACUCGAGCCAAAGCUGUUUCAAAGAAACGCAAGCGUACCUCUAUCGCUGAAAAUGACGAGCGACCUGCCGUCAAACUGCCACGCAAUGGUGAUGCUGCGGUCAAGGAAGAGGAUCAUGACGAGGAUCAUAACGCAGAGCAGAAAUCCACCGAAACCCAAGGUGCUGGUGAUAUUCCAAUGGACUCUGUAGAUGCACAACACAUCCUCGACAUUCUCGAGAUGGUGGAUACUCAAGGUCUCCUUGAUCGAGUAUUUCCUCUACCCGCUGACCCCGCCGAUUCUACCUCCUUGAGCGGCCCACAAUCACACCAGCAACAGUCAUAUUCCUUCCGGACCCUUCUCAAAGAGUCUUCACGACAUCCUUUACGGGUUCUUCGCUCUGGCGUCCAACACUUACUUCCAGUCUUUGCACACCCCCGUUCUCGACCUUCGGCUCCCGCAGCUCAGCAGCUUAAGUUCUGCAACCUUGCGCUCUCCCUUCUUGACCAAGCAUCUUUCAACUCUUGUCCCGCAGCGCUCAACCUUGAGAGCAUCCUUCCCGACCGCCCUGAUGCUUUACACGACUCCGAUCACGAAGGAAGCAAGGGAAUUGCACCUUCUCUUUCUUCUGCCAACCUACCUCGAAAGCGUAAAUACGCGCUAAUGCAGAAAUUGCCCACGGGCAAGUGGUGGACUUCGCUGAAUUCUGAUUUUCCGUCCAAUAUGGAUGGGAAAGAACUCAAGGACCUAUCAACUGCUCAUGCGGAGCUCGUAGCCAUCCUUCCAUCUGCCUCGACCUCUGCAGUGCCGGUUUCAUUGACACCCACUCUGGGGUCGUACACUCAACAGCUUUCAAAGACAAAACAGGCAGUGCCUGGGCCACGACAGGUAAGCACUGGGGCAUUUCUAGACUAUGGACCCUACUCUAGUUUCGCCCCGGCAUUUGAUCAAGAAGGGGUGGAAGUUGGAAGAGUGGGACUUGGAGAGGUGCUUUGGUCUCGAGAGAAGGAUCGGAGAACAGAGGAGGCAUUGGCGGAACGAGCGAGACUCAAACCGACCAACGUCCCUCUUGUAAUAGCGGAUGUCGAAAUGCAGGACACUACGGACGAGGUGCAGGAUUCGACGGCAGAACGACAAGCAGAAGCCUCAGAUGAAGCCCUUCAGUCUCUGUUCACUCUCGAGCAGGUUGCUUCAAUCAAGGGAGCACUGGGAAGCUUGGAAAUGGAGGAAGCAGUUCAAGAGCUUUUGGACCGCAAUUCGCGAGCGCUACGGAGAUUGGAAGAGCUACAAUUGCGACGAUUGGGGGGUGCCGAGGAGAGCUCAAGUAGCGUCGAAGUUGGGUCAGAAGAAUGGGAUGUUGCACAAAGUAUUAUGGAUUCCUUGACAUUGAUCACAUCACUUCGCCCAUGCUCAUCAAAAGAUUCAUCUACUUUGAUACCACCCCCGUCUAUUCUUCGAAAGCUUCACCGUACCUUACCCACCAGCCCUUCAGAAGGCUGGUACGGGACCCUUCCAUCAACACAAACCACUGCCCUCCGAGACGACUCGACGCUUCUUGUGAAAUCUGGAACCUCCAUUCCUACCCCGGCGCCUGCUGUGGCAGCACCUCCAGUAGUGCCUGCUGUCCCUACACCUUACACUGCCCCUUCUACAUCCUACGCUGCCAAACCGAAUACACCUGCAACACCUUAUGGUGGAUAUAGCUACCCAACCUACGCCAACGGGCAAUAUCGCGGCGGGUACAGCUAUACUCCCGCUACCACCAACGCAUACUACCCUAAUGCGUAUGCUCAAUCCGCCACAGGGGCGACCUCGUCGCAGUACGUGAAUCCACAGUACGCUGGUGCUGGGCAAACACAGUAUCCGUACGGUUCUUGGUUCAGCUACCAACCGCCCACGCAGCAAAAACCCGGGACACCACAGCCUACAGCAGGAUUACCGACAUCAUAUGCAUCGUUCUUUAACGCCGCUCAGCCCCAGCGGGCCGUUGCAAACACAGUCGCAAAACCGCCCUAUGCUCCUGGCGCGUGGCAGAGCGCAGGCGCAAGCACAGGUGGCUAUACGCCCACAUUGCCGACCACAAUACGCACGACGCCGAAUGCUCAACCGCCUGGGACACCGACACCACCAGGUGCAGGUUAUCAGUAUUAUGGUGGAUAUCAACCACAACCAGCACAGGCAGAACAGCGGUAGCAAGUAUAACGUUCGCCCGUCCUGUCCAUGAUUUUCUCUUAGUCCAUCAAUGUCUAGUUUUUUCUUCUUUUUCUUGCCUUCGUUUUUUUUGUUCACGCAGGUCCGUUCCAUAGGCUCCUGGAUAUUAUUGAAUAUCACAGUAGCGUCUAUGUCAUGGUGUCUUCUGUAUCCGGCUCGAGAUAGAGAUUAUUGUACAUU